AUGGGGUCACAAAGGAGGAAAAACAUUCCAAAUAAGACAAACAUUACCGUACAGGAACAGGACAUCUGGAACAACCUCAACAACAUUACUGUACAGGAACAGGACAGCUGGAACAACCUCAACAUUACUGUACAGGAACAGGACAGCUGGAACAACCUCAACAACAUUACUGUACAGGAACAGGACAGCUGGAACAACCUCAACAUUACUGUACAGGAACAUGACAGCUGGAACAACCUCAACAACAUUACUGUACAGGAACAGGACAGCUGGAACAUCCUCAACAACAUUACUGUACAGGAACAGGACAGCUGGAACAUCCUCAACAACAUUACCGUACAGGAACAGGACAGCUGGAACAUCCUCAACAACAUUACUGUACAGGAACAGGACAGCUGGAACAACCUCAACAACAUUACUGUACAGGAACAGGACAGCUGGAACAACCUCAACAACAUUACUGUACAGGAACAGGACAGCUGGAACAACCUCAACAUUACUGUACAGGAACAGGACAGCUGGAACAACCUCAACAUUACUGUACAGGAACAGGACAGCUGGAACAACCUCAACAUUACUGUACAGGAACAGGACAGCUGGAACAACCUCAACAACAUUACUGUACAGGAACAGGACAGCUGGAACAACCUCAACAUUACUGUACAGGAACAGGACAGCUGGAACAACCUCAACAUUACUGUACAGGAACAGGACAGCUGGAACAACCUCAACAUUACCGUACAGGAACAGGACAGCUGGAACAUCCUCAACAACAUUACUGUACAGGAACAGGACAGCUGGAACAACCUCAACAACAUUACUGUACAGGAACAGGACAGCUGGAACAUCCUCAACAACAUUACCGUACAGGAACAGGACAGCUGGAACAUCCUCAACAACAUUACUGUACAGGAACAGGACAGCUGGAACAACCUCAACAUUACUGUACAGGAACAGGACAGCUGGAACAACCUCAACAUUACUGUACAGGAACAGGACAGCUGGAACAACCUCAACAACAUUACUGUACAGGAACAGGACAGCUGGAACAACCUCAACAUUACUGUACAGGAACAGGACAGCUGGAACAACCUCAACAUUACCGUACAUGAACAGGACAGCUGGAACAACCUCAACAACAUUACUGUACAGGAACAGGACAGCUGGAACAACCUCAACAACAUUACCAUACAGGAACAGGACAGCUGGAACAACCUCAACAACAUUACCAUACAGGAACAGGACAGCUGGAACAACCUCAACAUUACUGUACAGGAACAGGACAGCUGGAACAACCUCAACAUUACCGUACAGGAACAGGACAGCUGGAAUAUCCUCAACAACAUUACUGUACAGGAACAGGACAGCUGGAACAACCUCAACAACAUUACUGUACAGGAACAGGACAGCUGGAACAACCUCAACAUUACUGUACAGGAACAGGACAGCUGGAACAACCUCAACAUUACUGUACAGGAACAGGACAGCUGGAACAACCUCAACAACAUUACUGUAGAGGAACAGAACAGCUGGAACAACCUCAACAACAUUACCGUACAGGAACAGGACAGCUGGAACAACCUCAACAUUACCAUACAGGAACAGGACAGCUGGAACAACCUCAACAUUACUGUACAGGAACAGGACAGCUGGAACAACCUCAACAUUACCGUACAGGAACAGGACAGCUGGAAUAUCCUCAACAACAUUACUGUACAGGAACAGGACAGCUGGAACAACCUCAACAUUACUGUACAGGAACAGGACAGCUGGAACAACCUCAACAUUACCAUACAGGAACAGGACAGCUGGAACAACCUCAACAUUACCAUACAGGAACAGGACAGCUGGAACAACCUCAACAACAUUACCGUACAGGAACAGGACAGCUGGAACAACCUCAACAUUACUGUACAGGAACAGGACAGCUGGAACAACCUCAACAUUACUGUACAGGAACAGGACAAGGUGGACUACAUACAACAACAACCGGGCGAAAAGUGA